AUGACGGACAAAGAUCCACUCCGUUCUCUUCUGUCACCAUCGGAUCCGCCGCUCAGUCCACGAGCGAUCCAGUUCGCGGACCAGCUGCAUCCUUCACCACGUCCAUCUCGUGACGCUUCCCCCACCAAGCUAGGAGUUCACCAUCACCAUCAUCAGCUGGCGUCCGGCUCCUCCGGCAUCGAUCGCCAGCCGUCUCCAGACCCUCUGCGUCGGCCGACGUCGCCAGCAGCCAUGGUCAAAGACUACGGCUCUGUCCCGCGCGAUGCGUCGGCAACUUCGACUACCGAUACGCAAGACACACCUCGCGCCGGAUACCGCGCCUCGGGCCCCGGAAGAAUCAACCUUCCGCCAUCGCCGUAUAUCGGUACCGCCAACGAUCUGCGAACACCCAAUGAGGACGACGCAGCUGGUCCGUCAGCCGUUCCUCGCGCCAGAGCCCCCAGCAUGAGUCCAAGCACUGCCGCCUCAGCACAACGUCGCAGAAUGUCGUUCAAGAGACGCGCGCCUAGCGUGCAGCAACGACAGAACUUCCUCCAGCGUGCCUCCAUGGGCGUUUUCCCUCGAAAACUUUCGAUCGCAGGCAGCGAUGCCGGAGCAAACUCCAAGAACUUGCGCCGAGUUCACACUACCGGCGGGCCGUCCGGAGGUGCUGACGGCGACGACGACGACGGCACCAUCGAUAUUGAUGCUCUCAUUGCAUCCGCCGAAACACCCGCUAUCCCACGCAUGCUGCCCACCAAAGCCGAUCCAUUUUCGACACCUAUCCCCGCGCUGCCGUUCAUCGUCCUCUGCCUCGUCUGCUUCGGCGAAUUCAGCUCGGCCGGUGUCGCCGGUCCCUUUUUGUUCUUCAUGAUCGAAGACUUUGGCGUGGGCGGAGAGAGCGACGUCGGCUUCUGGGCAGGUAUCGUGUCGGCGAGCUUCUUCUUCGCCCAGUUCCUCACUUCGCUCAUGUGGGCAUCCGUAGCCGACAAGCGCGGCAGACGCUUUGUCCUCGCCGUUUCUCUUCUCGGGAAUGCUAUCACCAUGAUGUUGUUCGGCACAUCCCAGAACCUCGGCACCGCCAUCUUCAUCCGUCUCGCACAAGGUUUCUUCAACGGCGCGGUUGGUGUAGCCAAAGGCGCCAUCCGCGACAUCACCGACGAGACCAACGAAGGCAGGGCCUACGCACUCAUGGGCUUCUGUUGGGGAAUGGGCGGUAUCAUUGGGCCCAUCCUUGGUGGUUUGCUGGAGCACCCGGUGCAGAAGCUGCCAGGUCUGUUUGGUAAGAGUCAGCUGUUCCAGGAUUAUCCUUACUUGCUCCCCUGUCUGGUUGCUGCCGCUUUCACCGCGGUAGGCUCCGUCUUGACGCUUUUCAUCGGACACGACGGCGGCCCGAGGACGGGCGCUAUCCAGUUGCCCGAGAAAGGCGACAUCGAACGAGCAGCCAACCACGUCGGCAGCUUCGGACGAUCCGCUGGUCAGCGCAUCAGCGGCUACUUCAAUGGUUCACGCAGCGCCAUGGAAUCCGACCUCAGCCUGUCGCGCAACUUUGGCAAUGCGGACCAGAGCAGAAGCGGGCACUCGACUCCGGAUGUCGCAGCUCACUUGGGCGGAGGGCCAAGCAAGCUCACGCGCACUUUUACCCAGCAGGUCGACUACGAAACUGGCGGCCCACCGUCGCCUGUCCCGACGGAAGGCACCAUCAUCACGCACAACAACACCACCAUCAACGACUCGGCCUUCUCGCGCGCCGAUCAUCUACCACGCAGACAACGUCUUCUCUCGCGCACCGAAGAACGUCAGCGUGCCAUCCUUGGAUCCGCCUACGGCUACGACAGGCGCAUGUCCCGCGCUUCUGCUGCUCCUACUGCAGCAGCGGCCGAGCGUUCUGGUCCAGCUGCACGAACAGACUCCUGUUCGCAAAGUCGAGCAGGUGGUGGGCGCAACUCUUUCUCCUCUACCAACCAGUACGCGCCAGACUUUGAAGAGAUCGGCCAACGACCCGGGCUCAGCUUUGCACAACGUUUCCUGCUCGCACAGGACGAUUCGGUGUUUACCAUCUCGGAUCUGUGGGUUGCCGCUGCCAUCAAUGGUGAUGAGGCUUACGAAGAUGUAUUCGAGGAUGACGAGGAUGAGAUGGACACUCAGUCAUACGACGAUGGGAGCGUCAAUGAGGACUCGAUUGCCGAAGAGUCGAUCGACGAAGAGGAUGAAGAAGAGGAGGAGAACGAAGCAUCGGCCUUGUUGGCGCCGAGACACUUGGCGCCGAGGAAUUUUGCGCAGAGAAAAAUGUCGAGGGCAGGCAUGAGCGAUGCUGGAAGAUCCUAUGGCAGCUCGGCCAGGCCCAAGUCGAUGAGGCGAACGAGCGGGAACAGGGUGCCCAGCUUGUACGCGAACACGGGAGUCGAGGGCGGUCCGCUGUCGCCUGCCUACGGACUGGCAUCCCCGUCUGUGGAAACUGUCGGCGGACCGCUAGGUGGACAGCAGAGGUCGGACAGUGCGUGGGAUCCGACGCUGGCUGGCAUUCCCGAAUCGCAAUCGAACCGGAACAGCUUGAGCGUGCCUCACCGCGCCAUUGGCGGAACGUCGCCGGGCUCGCAACGACACUCCAUGGCGUUCUCCACCCAAACUGCCGCCGCCGCAAGCAAACCCGUGUCGCUCUUCACCCUGCUGCCGACCGUCAUCAUCGCACACUACGGGCUGAUGGCGUUCCACUCCUCCACCUUCGACCAAGUGUUCAUGGCCUUCCUCGUGACACCCGAGCCAUCCGGAGGUCUGGGGUUGACAGCAUCGCACUACGCACAGCUGAUCGCUGCUAUGGCGUUCUGUCAGCUCAUCUUCCAAUUCGUCUUCUACCCACGCGUCGGGCCGCCGCAGGGCAAAUUCUCGCAUCUCGCCAUGUUGCGGUUGGGUACGGCCAUCUACCUGCCCUGCUACACGCUGUUCCCGCUGUUGAAGGGGAUGCUGCAUCCGGACACGGACGGGUUCGUCAUGGCAGGCAUGAUCUUCUUCGCCAGCUUGAGGUGGUUGGCCAACGUGUGCGCGUUUACCGCCGUCAGCGUCUUGAUCAAUGCCAUGACUCCACCGCAUUUGACCCCCCUGGCGAACGGGCUGGCUCAGACCACCUCAAGCGCGGCAAGAUUCGUAGGCCCCAUCAUCGGCGGUCUCGUAUGGGCAAAAGGCAUCGACGGCGGUCCGGAAACCCACGGCUGGCCUUUCAACUAUCAUCUGGGUUUCUGGUUCGUAGGCAUCGCCGGCUUCGUUGGCUUCCUGUUCACUUGGAGGAUCAAGUGA